AUGGCAGCCAUGGCGCCAACAAAGAACGACGACCAGCCGCUACACAUCCUCUUCUUCCCUUUCCUCCUUCCUGGCCACCUUAUCCCGAUGGCCGACAUGGCCACUGUCUUCGCCGCUCGCGGCGUCAGGUGCACCGUCCUCACCACGCCCGUCCAAGGCUUCACCAUCCGCUCCGUCGUGGACCGUGCGAACGACAGCAGCGCCACCGGCACCCCGAUGUCCAUCUCCGUCGUGCCUUUCCCCGACGUCGGGCUCCCGCCGGCUGCCCAGAGCGGGAGGGACCUUGCUACCUCCGGGGACUACCACGACAGGUUCCUCCAGACGGCGGAGCUGCUCCGUGAGCCCUUCCGCCGGUUCCUGUCAGACCACCACGCCGACAUCGACGCCGUGGUCUCCGACAGCCUCUUCCACUGGUCCGCUCACGCCGCCGCGGAGCACGGCCUCCCGCGCAUCGCGUUCCUCGCCACCAGCAUGUUCGCCCGUGCCUGCACCGACACCCUGCUGCGGUGCAACGUGUUUGAGUCGUGCUCUGACGACCCCCGUGCCGUCGUAUCCCUGCCGGGGCUGCCGCACCGUGUCGAGCAGCGGCGGAGCCAGAUGAUGGACCCCACGAAGCGACCACAUGAGUGUGCGAUGUUCCAGCUCGUCCACGCCGCGGACCGGUCGAGCUACGGCGAGCUCUUCAACAGCUUCCGCGAGCUGGAGCCGGGCUACGCCGAGCACUACCGUGCCACGCAGCUCCGCCGCCGCGCGUGGCUUGUCGGGCCGGUCGCGCUCGCCAGCGGCAGCGUCGAGGACGUGGCGUCAAGAGGCGCCGUCGCCGGCGCGCUCUCGCCAGACGCCGCCGGGUGCCUGCGGUAG